AUGCUGGACACGUUCGAGAUCCUGACCACCUCCGGUGUGGUGCUCUGGUCCAGGACCUAUGCGCCUAUCAACCCGUCCGUCAUCAAUAACUUCAUCGCCGAUGUCUUUAUCGAGGAGAAGGGCGGCGCCGCGUCCAGUCAGUCCGCAGCCAGCAACCCACCAUACAAACGCGAUCAACACACACUCCGUUAUACCUUUGUUAAGGAACUAGGUGUCAUUUUUGUGGCCGUUUACAGAUCCCUCCUCCACCUGUCAUGGAUUGACAAACUUGUCGACAACAUCAAGACGAUUUUUGUCGACUUAUACGGCGAGCAGUUGACGAAACCUCACACGACGUUGGUCGAAUGCCACAAGUUCGACGAGUAUUUUGAUCAGCAGGUCCGAGAGCUGGAGACGACGGGGUCCAAGGGCGACUCAAACAUCUCGGCGGCCGAGUUCGCCAAGGAGGAGAAGACGUUGUCUGGAAACCUUGGCGAUGACCCUCCCCUCCCCCCGGGUCUGCAUUAUAGGGGACGCGGUCUGAACGCUGCGAGCGGAACAUCGAACGAUUCGACGCCCAUUGCGACGCCCAGCACCUCGCGGCCCUCGACCCCCAGUACCAGCAGUGUAAUAGUAGGAAAGGCCGGCCCCGUAGCGAAGAUGUCGCGCCGCGCGCGCAAGGCCGGGAGCUCGGGGCCCGUCUCGUCUGGAGACGAGUCGGCCGGCAGGAGGCCCAAGGUCGCCACGCGGUCAUCGACGAAGAAGGGCCGUAAGUGGGACGCGGACGGUAUGGCGGACGAGGACGACGACGUUGUUCUAGACUACUCGGCAGCUCCGAAGUCGGCGACGAGCGACUCGGAAGUCGAGCCGGUCGCCCGCUCCUCCGCGGUCGAGCAGGUCGACCACACGACAUGGGGGUCCAAGACGGCAAAGGGCCAAUUCGUGCUGAAGGAUCUCGACGACGAGGUACACAACAUCCUGGCCUCGGCGCAGGCCAAGAAUAACACCUCGUCCAAGACGGAGGCCUCGGGCGGGCUGAUCGGGUCCGGCCUGAGCACCAUCGGUGGCCUGUUCCGCAACGUCGUCGGGGGCAAGACGCUCACCAAGGCGGACCUCGACAAGGCUAUGAAGGGCAUGGAGGAGCACCUCCUCAAGAAGAACGUGGCACGCGAGGCCGCUGUCCGGCUGUGCGAGGGCGUCGAGAAAGAGCUCCUGGGCGUCAAGACGGGCAGCUUCGAGAGCAUCAACGCCAAGAUCCAGGCCGCCAUGGAGGCCUCGCUCACCAAGAUGCUCACGCCGACGUCCUCCCUCGACCUCCUGCGAGAGAUCGACGCCAUCACCGCGCCGCCCGCGACCUCCCUGCGCAGGGCCCGCCCUUAUGUCAUCUCUAUUGUCGGCGUCAACGGCGUCGGUAAGUCCACCAACCUGUCCAAGAUCUGCUUCUUCCUCCUGCAGAACAAGUACAAGGUGCUCAUCGCCGCCGGCGACACCUUCCGCUCCGGCGCCGUCGAGCAGCUCGCCGUCCACGUUCGCAACCUCAAGGAGCUCACGGUCCGUGAGGGCGGCCACGUCGAGCUGUACCAGAAGGGCUAUGGAAAGGACGCCGCCACCGUCGCGCGUGACGCCGUUUCGCACGCCGCCCAAGAGGGCUUCGACGUCGUCCUUAUCGACACCGCUGGGCGCAGGCACAACGACCAACGCCUCAUGUCUUCCCUGGAGAAGUUUGCCAAGUUUGCUCAACCCGAUAAGAUCCUAAUGGUCGGCGAGGCCCUUGUCGGCACCGACUCGGUCGCUCAGGCCCGCAACUUCAACGCCGCCUUCGGCGCCGUCCGCACCCUCGACGGCUUCAUCAUCUCAAAGUGCGACACGGUCGGCAACAUGGUCGGCACCCUCGUCAGCCUCGUCCACGCCACAAACGUCCCGGUGCUCUUCGUCGGCGUCGGUCAGCACUACUCGGACCUGCGCAACUUCUCCGUCAAGUGGGCCGUCGAGAAGCUACUGAGCAGCUCUUGA